UAAGCUUAUUACUUCCGGCGUGUGCUUGAAACGUGAAUUCUACCUAUGAAUUGAGCGAUUGCCGCAGGGAAGUUCACUGUAACUUAAUUCCCCCAACCUGAGCAGACAUGGAUGUGGACGUGAGAGUGAAGGAGGAGAAGAAGGACAGAAGAGACCAGGAAAGGUCAAGAGACGGCGAGUCACGCAGACACAGGUCCAGGAGUCGUUCUAGGGACAGAGACAGGGACAGACGGCGAAGGAGUCGCAGCAGGGACAGGGACAGAUCCAAACGCAACAAGGACAAAUAUAGGUCAAGAUCUAGGUCACCAAGAAAGAAGGAUGACAAAAAGUCCAAGCCAAAGGAAGAAAAGAAAGAAGAAGAACCAGAGAAAAAAGUUCCUUUGUCCUUAGAGGAACUUUUGGCCAAAAAGAAAGCAAUGGAAGAGGCAGAGAGCAAGCCAAAAUUCUUAACUAAAGAGCAGAGGAUAGAAGAGGCACUGAAGAAGAGACAAGCAGCAGCAGAUGAACAGAGAAAAAAGAUGGAGGAAGAAAGGCAAAAACAGAGAGAAUUUCUGAAACAGGCCAGGGAGGCUAAUGAGGACCCCAGAGAACGUGAACGUCGUGAGAGACGGGAGAGAAGAGAGCGCGAGGAGGAGGCUGGUGUCAGAGAGAAUCCCAUCCAUGAUAAAGACAAGCAGAAGGAAGAGGAGGCAAUUAAAGAAAGAUACUUGGGGAUGAUAAAGAAGAAAAGACGCCAGCGUCGCCUCAAUGACAGGAAGUUUGUGUUUGACUGGGACGCGGGGGAGGACACGUCUCAGGACUAUAACCCGCUGUACAAGGAGAGACACUCCAUACAGCUGUUUGGCAGGGGACAUAUUGCUGGGAUUGAUAUGAAGGCACAGAAAAAAGACCAGUCUCAAUUCUAUGGAGAGUUGAUGGAAAAAAGAAGAACAGAAGCAGAGAAAGAACAAGAAAAGAAGAGACUUAAAAAUGAGACCAAGAAAGAAGCCAAACAGAAGUUCGACGACCGCCAUUGGUCAGAGAAAGAGUUGGAGGCCAUGACAGAGCGUGAUUGGAGAAUUUUCAAAGAAGAUUACACGAUCUCCACCAAAGGAGGGAAGAUCCCCAACCCUCUGAGGAGUUGGAAGGAAGGGAACCUGUGUAAAGAGUUGCUGGAGAUUAUUGAUAAGAUUGGUUAUAGAGAGCCUACCCCUAUACAGAGACAGGCCAUUCCUAUUGGUUUACAGAAUCGUGAUGUCAUUGGCGUGGCAGAGACAGGAUCUGGAAAGACGGCAGCUUUCCUCAUUCCUCUGCUAGUGUGGAUUCUAUCUCUUCCCAAGAUAGAAAGAAUUGAAGAUGCAGAUCAAGGCCCCUAUGCUCUGAUUCUGGCCCCCACGCGUGAGCUGGCCCAGCAGAUAGAAGAGGAGAGUCAGAGGUUUGGCCAGUCACUAGGGAUACGUACGGUGGCUGUGAUUGGUGGAAUAUCUCGCGAGGAACAAGGUUUUAAACUGCGGCAAGGAUGUGAGAUAGUUAUAGCUACCCCAGGUCGUCUGAUUGAUGUGUUGGAGAACAGAUACCUGGUCUUGUCACAGUGUACAUAUGUUGUUAUGGAUGAGGCUGAUCGUAUGAUAGACAUGGGUUUUGAGCCAGAUGUUCAAAAGAUUCUGGAAUAUCUUCCUGUGACCAAUGAGAAGCCAGAUACUGAGGAUGCAGAAGAUGACAUGAAACUACUGGAAAAUUUUGCAUCCAAAAAGAAAUACAGACAAACUGUCAUGUUCACAGCCACCAUGCCUCCAGCAGUAGAAAGACUGGCCAGGUCGUAUCUAAGGCGACCAGCUGUGGUUUAUAUAGGUUCUGUGGGUAAACCUAUAGAUAGGGUGGAGCAGAUUGUAUACAUGGUGACAGAGACAGAGAAAAGGAAGAAGCUGGUGACCAUCCUGGAAAGAGGCAUAACCCCUCCAAUCAUCAUCUUUGUCAACCAGAAGAAGGGAGCUGAUAUUCUGGCCAAGUCACUGGAGAAAAUGGGAUACAGUGCAGUCACUCUUCAUGGUGGUAAGGGUCAGGAGCAGCGAGAGUUUGCUCUGGGCAGCUUGAAGAAAGGCGAAAAGGACAUUCUAGUGGCCACUGAUGUCGCAGGACGUGGUAUUGAUAUUAAGGACGUAUCCCUCAUUAUCAACUACGAUAUGGCAAAGAAUAUUGAAGAUUACACACAUCGUAUUGGUCGUACUGGGCGAGCUGGUAAAACUGGUAUUGCAAUCUCCUUCUUGACUAAAGAGGACUCUGGCGUCUAUUACGAUCUCAAGCAGGUACUGCAGACCAGUUCAGUCUCUGUAUGUCCUCCAGAGCUGGCUAACCAUCCUGACGCUCAGCACAAACCUGGGACGGUGAUGAAUAAAAAGAGGAAAGAAGAGACGAUAUAUAUGGGAUAGGUUGCUGGCAUUUUGUUGAAUGAAUCACCUUCAGAAAUGGGAGGUUUGAAAGUGGAGCAAUAAGGGAUACUAUAUGAUGUAUGCUGUUGUUUAUUACAGGUUAAAAUUUAGUCCCCUAUUAAAACAAAAAACGUGAAAGAAGAAAACAAUCAUAUAGUGAUGUAUUGGGGUUGAGCCCCAUUUGUUAAUGACUUGUGAUUUUCAAAAGGUUCUGAAGUUGACCUUUCAACCGCUGCAUUGAGCAGAAUGGAACAGACGUAUACAAGUUGCAAAGUAGAAAACGUACCAAAAGAGACAGGGAUAUGAUCGUGAUUCUCUCUGCGAUGUGAACAAAUGGGUACGUCAAUUGGAAAUAAAAAGAACAGUUGUCAGGGUUGGUCAUGGCCCAAAAUGAAAAUA